GCAGCUAUGCAGCCAUGGCUGAAAGUCUGAAUUAGGCGGCUGAGGGUGUGCGACGGCUCAUUGAUAAAUUGUGUUCGCCGCUAAUAAAACGACGGAGAACAGUGGUUAUUCUCAAUUACCGAAGGCUAUCGGGAAGUUUUGAAGAUAUUGUUUGUUAUUUAUUCGUUGUGUUGUUGAUUUCUUGUAUGAAACCCUAGCCCCAAUUUUGUUAACAUUGGCGAGUGUUUGGAGAUGAUUCGUGAGAGUCACAUGGAGACUCACUUUGGUCACAAUCCGUUCGAUAGACGCCCCAUUACCAAAUCCAAGGCUCCCGCCGUUAAGUGGGUCAAAGAAUGGGUGCAGCAGGAUGUCAUUGCAACUGGCGGGAAAUGCUAUGUUUUGAAAUGGGUUAAUGAGGCCACAUUGAAGGCAAUGAAAGAGAAAACCAAAGAGCCGCAGCAGAUGGAACCCGAGCCUGAACCAACUACAGAAGUUCUUUUCCUAUGCAGCUACGAAGGCUGUGGAAAGACAUUCAUCGAUGCAAGUGCAUUAAGGAAGCAUUCUCACAUCCAUGGGGAGAAACAAUAUGUUUGCCAUUAUGAGAAUUGUGGGAAGAAAUUUUUGGAUAGUUCGAAACUGAAGAGGCAUUUCUUAAUUCACACCGGAGAGAGAGACUUUGUGUGCCCUCAUGAAGGGUGUGGUAAGGCAUUUUCGCUCGACUUCAAUCUGAGGUCGCAUAUGAAAACACAUUCCCAGGAGAAUUAUCACAUUUGCCCCUACCCCGAGUGUGGGAAGCGAUACGCCCACGAGUACAAGCUGAAGAAUCACAUCGCUUCUCACCACGAGAAGAUCAUGGACACUGUCAAGUACACUCCCCCGCCCGAAAAACCAGUAAAGGCUCCAAAAGCAUCCACAAGCGCCACGGGUCCUGCAUCAGCCGAGCGGCCGUAUGCAUGUCCAUACGAUGGAUGCGAGAAAGCCUACAUCCACGAAUACAAACUCAAUCUCCAUCUCCGGAGAGAGCACCAGGGCCACUUUCCGGAAGAGAAUGCAAAGAAUGCUCAGGCUAACGGCAAUGAGAUGGACGAAGGGAGUGAUAUCGAUGCGUAUGCAGGAAAACGAAGCAACAGCAAGGCUCAGAAGAGCAGGGCAAAGCCGAGCGCGAAACCGCCUCCGGCUAAACACCGUAAGGCGGCGGCUAUGGUGGCUCCUCCGGCUGCCAUAAACAUUGUGAAGAAAACAUGGCCGAGUAAAGGGAUGUACGAGGAUGAAGACAGCGAGGAAACAGAGGAGGAGCGGGACAACAUUGGAGAUGGCUGGAGAUUUCCAGACAACAACAAUAACAACAUCAAUGAGGAUGAUGACGAGGAGACUGAAUAUGAGGACUAAAACUUAAUGGUUUGUAGACUAAGUUUCUGAUAAAAAUUUAUCAUGCAUAUUUUGGCAUUACAAUGUGCUGUGUGUUAAAAAGACAAAUAUAUAUGAAAAAAAAAUACAAAAAAAACCAAAGAUUUUGUGAAA